GAGGCUGAAGAAUAGUGGCCCAAACGAAGAGUGGGACAAACGAGACAGAUUUGACAGGCUGCACCAUGAGUCAGGGUAAAGACAAUGCUCGACUCAAGAGCUAUAAAAACAAGUCUCUCAACACAGAAGAAAUGAGGAGGAGGAGGGAGGAGGAAGGUCUGCAGCUACGCAAACAGAAGAAAGACGAACAGCUGUUCAAGAGGAGAAAUGUGGCCACCGUUGAGGAGGACAGCGCCCUGGAGGAUGAUGGGAUGUCAGACAGCGGGUACCUGGAAUCUCAGGUCAACAACAUGGAGCAAAUCACGGGAGGUGUUAUCUCAGAGGACAUGACCCAGAUGAUCUUCUCUAGUUCUCCGGAGCAGCAGCUGAUGGGAACACAGCGCUUCAGAAAGCUCCUGUCUAAAGAGCCAAAUCCCCCCAUUGAUGAGGUCAUCGCCACUCCUGGUGUGGUGGAACGAUUUGUCGAGUUCCUGAAGAGGAGGGAGAACUGUACACUACAGUUUGAGGCAGCAUGGGUAUUGACCAACAUCGCCUCAGGCACUUCUCAUCAAACACGCGUCGUCAUCCAGGCUGGCGCGGUGCCAAUCUUCAUAGAAAUGCUCAGCUCAGACUUUGAGGACGUCCAGGAACAGGCCGUGUGGGCUUUAGGAAACAUCGCGGGGGACAGCACAGAGUGUCGAGACUAUGUAUUGGACUGUAACAUCCUGCCCUCUCUAGUUCAGUUACUGGCUAAACAGAACCGCCUGACGAUGAUGAGGAACGCGGUCUGGGCUUUGUCCAACCUGUGCAGAGGCAAAAACCCUCCCCCAGACUUCUCCAAGGUGUCACCAUGUCUCAGCGUUCUCUCCUGGCUGCUGUUUGUAAACGACACGGACAUCCUGGCAGACGCGUGUUGGGCUCUGUCCUACCUGUCUGACGGCCCGAACGACAAGAUCCAGGCCGUCAUUGACUCAGGCGUGUGCCGCAGACUGGUCGAGCUGCUUCUGCACUCAGAUUAUAAGGUAGUGUCACCAGCACUCAGAGCCGUAGGGAACAUAGUCACGGGAGAUGACCUCCAGACACAGGUGAUCCUGAACUGUUCAGCAUUGCAGAGUCUCCUGCACCUCCUCAGUAGUCCUAAAGAGUCGAUCAAGAAAGAGGCGUGCUGGACCAUCUCUAACAUCACCGCUGGUAACCGCGCACAGAUACAGAUGGUAAUAGAUGCUGGAUUGCUCCCUCCCCUCAUCCACAUUCUGCAGGUGGCGGAGUUUCGGACGAGGAAGGAGGCGGCGUGGGCUAUUACCAACGCCACCUCUGGAGGCUCUGCGGAGCAGAUCAGACACCUGGUGGAUCUGGGCUGCAUUAAGCCGCUGUGUGACCUCUUGACCCUGAUGGACUCUAAGAUCGUGCAGGUGGCCCUGAACGGACUGGAGAACAUUCUCAGACUGGGAGAACUGGAGGCCAAAAGAGGAGGAGGCAUCAACCCGUACUGCGCACUCAUUGAGGAGGCUUACGGUCUGGACAAGCUGGAGUUCCUGCAGGGUCACGAGAACCAGGAGAUCUAUCAGAAGGCGUACGACCUGAUCGAGCGUUACUUCAGCCCUGAUGACGAAGACCCGACCCUGGCCCCCGCCGUCGACCUGCAGCAGCAACAGUUCCUCUUCCAGCAGUGUGAGGCCCCGAUGGAAGGUUUCCAACUGUAACGCCUCCACUCCGCUCAGCUGUCCCUCCCUGUCCACACACCCAGCCCCAGAGAGCGAGCGAGCGAGAGAGAGAGAGAGAGUGUGUACGUAUGAUGUAAUACACCACCAUGAUUCUGAAGUGAUGCAAUGCAGGACCCCACGCUGCCUGCCAGUCAGUCAGUCGAAAAAUGACGGACUCCCUUCCAUCUCCCGCCCCCUCCCUCUCCCCUCAACCUGCCUGCUCCGCACUGCUGUUGGUUUAACGUCAGACACCUGCAGAGCAGACCCAGAGUGGCUGGAAUCCAGAGCACUCCCUACAGAUCCUGCUGUACUACUUCACCUACAAAAUCACCAAAUCAUCUGCCCCCACCCCCGCCCGCCCCCUAGGCCCGGUGAACCUCCCACACCAUAACCAGUCCUGUCCGUAUGCAGUAUUCCGCCGUUCCUCCUGACAAAGUUCAAGACAUCAAGACGUCCCACCGUAACCUGCUCCACCCUUCACUGACGGACCCUUCACUCGUACACCAGAAAGGAGCAUUAAAAGGCCCCCCCCCCUUCCCGGGACCUUGGAAAGUGUUGCCCCCCACCUAUGAGCGAGCGAGCGAGCGAGCGAGUGAACGGGUAGAAGUAGGAGGUCUCUGCUUAUGUGACUCACCUGCUUCAGUGACAUUCGUGAAGAAUGACUCUGACGUUUUUUUUUUUGGUUUGGUUUUUUUUUUUUUUUCUCUCUCUGGCGCCGAAAACCGUCGGGUUCAAAGCGUCUGGACUGACCGUGUGACCGUCUGAGCGUGUUCAGAGACGACCAACCCCUCCUUCCUCUGUCUUUUUGAAAAAAACAAAAAACAAAACAAGGCAUGACAUGGCCAGUCAACGCCACCCCCCCAAACCCAAACCUGAGGACUGAAUAGACUUCUUCUGAAGGCGACGCACUUUUACCCACAGACAAAAACGGCUGUUUUUCCCCUUUCCUCCGACAGGACGACUUGGAAAAGGAAAAAGGAAAAAGAAAAACAGCUUUUGUUAGGACAGUGAUGCUGAGGGGGUCCAAGACUGUUUGUUUGUAAGUGACUGACGGUAACAGUUGGCCAACCUCUGGUUUCGAUAUCAUGCAUUCCUCUGCCAUAACUGUGCAGGCUCCAAACGUGUUUCUUUUAUCUCCAUGGAGACGACACAAUUGCACCUUCGGAAUUCUGGGAUUUGGAGUCUUCCUUCGCACUGAAACUAUUGGACAGAUGCAGACAG